CUCCUCCUGUUUUUACGUCUUCCUUGUCAUGUUUCUCCCAUUUUCCUCUCUCUCUCUUCCCUUACCGUUUAUCUAUCCUUUUUUUUUUCUUUUAUUUUCAAUACGCUACGCUAAAUUAUCGACGUCUUUUCUUCCCCCCCCCCUCUCCCUUUAGAGUUACGCGAAAGCCAAAGCGUUUUGUUUCUUCCCUUUUAUCUGUGCAAGAAGCGACUCAAAGUUCUUUCUGCAUGUGACUCGAAUCCAUAAAAAAAUCAUCGUAUAAAUAUUGUUAUAUAUAAUAUAUGAAGAAUGAAACAUAGAGAAUAUAAAGCGCGAGAGAGUAGAUGAGAAAGGGAGAGAGAGAGAGAGAGAGAGAGAGAGUAUGAAAAUGAGUGAAUGAGAGUGUAUGAAUGAGUAAAUGAAUGAGAAUGAAAGUGAGUGAAUGGCGGAUACCGGCAGCAGCGAUGGAGAGGAAGAGAGAAAGCAAGGGGGCGAGAAUGAGCGAAUGUGUGUGCGUGCAUGUGUAUGAAGAAAACCCGCACGAAGAAAGAGAGAGAGAGAGAGUGCUUCGCGUUCGCGAAAGAAACCGCGGGGAACUACGUCUGUUAGAUGUGACUUAGGUAAUUAAGAGGCGCGGGAGGAGCCCGCAGACAUCUCUCUCUGCCGUCUCCUCUCUUUGCCGGCUGUGCGUGCGCGCGAGACUCGCCGCGAGGGUGUCCAUGAGGUUAUCCCUCGGUGAGUGAGUUCCCCUAGAACCAGAAGUCUCGACUCGGCGAAAGACGAAUUCCCGGAAAAGCGAGGAGGAGGAGGAAGACGACUAGUAGUUGUCCCGACUCGUAUAAAUAAAUUCCUAAAGAUCGAGGUGUCUCUCGUCUUGGCAAAGGAAAAAAUUAUUCAAGGACGAGGAGUGAAGAGAAAAUACCUCGGUAAAUGAGAAGUUUCUCUCUCGUAUUGUACGCGGAGACGGAGAGUUUCGUCCGAAUCGUCAAAUGUGUCUCUUGAGAGAGAGAGAGAGAGAGAGAGAGAGCCCUGUUGAUGAAUUUCCAGGUGGGUUCCCACCAAAAAUCCGUAGGAACUCGUGUGAAUCCAUCCACAGGAUAGUAAAGCAUCCAUACAGGAAUCCACAUGGAUUCCUCAUCUAGGACCCGGGUCUUUAGCGCAAAUCCCCAAGGGAUACAUGGGACUCCGUAUGGAUUUCCUACGUGGACUCCCACCUGGUUUUUCUUCUCAACAGGGAGGCCUCUCUCAGGCGAGGCCACGGGACGAAUCGAUUCCUCGGGGACGAUGGGCGUCGUCGGGCGGGAAUUCGUCGAGUCUCCUCGUUCUCCCGCACAGCGGCACAGCUAACCGCGCGCAGCCAGGGUCAUGGCUCCAUCCGGCUUUCAGGUAGAGCGAACGAGUGAGCGAGAGAGAGAGAGGGUGGGAGGGGGGAAGGUGGCUACAUGGCUCUCGCUCGUCUCGUAACCAGAUUAUACAGCGUACGUAUGUAUGAACUGCUCACUGCCUGCGCUCGCUAAUAUGCUGGCUAGCGCGCUGCCCGCUGCUCGUACUCUCCGACGAGGUUCGGCCGAGCUUCGAAGCCGCGGUGGUCCCGCGCCAGCCCUCUUCCCCUCCGGCGACGAAGGGGAUGUUCGUUCGUUCUCUUUCACCGACUAACGGUGGGACGGAGGGAAGCCUCGCCAAGAGAGAGAGAGAGAGAGAGAGAGAGAGAGAGAGAGAGAGAGAGAGAGAGAGAGAGUUAUUAAAACGGGUGAUGGGAGAGAGGGAAGGACAGAUAGUGCAUGUGCAGGACACGAAGUGCAAAACGAUGCUAGUGAAAUUGAUAGCGUAAAUGAAAAAGUGAGUGAAAAGAGAGAGAGAGAGAGAGAGAGAGAUUGUAUGUUAUGUAUGCGUACGUGUACAUGUGCGUAUGUAUGCGUAUGUACGCGCGCAUGUCUGCUGUCUAUGCGUAUGUGUAUUUUCGUGUAUGCGUGUCACCGUGCAUAUUUAUGAGUAUUUGUGCAAUUGCGUGGGCACCUGCGUGCACUCACUUGUACGUAUGUGUGUGUGUAUGUGGAUAAAAGAUGGAAGAAAAUGGGGAUUGGAGAGUACAGUAAGAGAGGAGAGAGAGAGAGAGCGGGAGACGUGAGUGAGCGAUUUCAAUAUAUGUGAGAGAGAGAGAGAGAGAGGAAGAGAGAGAGAGAGAGAGGCAUUUAAACAAGAGAGAUAAACGAGAAAAAAGAAAAAGAGAGAGGAUAAAGAAGAUGAGUUGCGAGACAUUAUAGGAUUUGUACAACCCAAAUCGAGAAAUCGGCGAGUGCAAGACGACACGUGCGAGAGUUUCCUCGAGCACCUUGAGAGGGCUGUUAGGUUCAUUUGUAAAUCAUCUCUCUUUCGUCGAGCGGAGGCGAUCACACCUACCACCCUUCCAAGUGCAUAAUGCGUUGGAUAUUCUUUCUCUGUGUAUAAAAUUGUAAACACCUACCAAGCCCAAAAUCAAUGUUUCUAACUUAUUUAUAAUAAAUAAUAUACAUUAAUGAUAAAAAUAAACACAGUUUGUGACAGUAGUAUCGACGAGAGCGUGACGAGAGAAUUCAUCCCCCCCGGGAUGAGUGACGAUAUUCCUCCCCUUCCAUCCCGCGUUCCGUCGUUCAACGAAACUAAGAGAUCCGCGCGUCCAAAUUCUGCGGCUCCGUUCUUGUAUUCAUAUAAUUGUAUCAUUAUCUUUGUAAUAUUAUAUAUUAUAUAUCAUAGGUAAUAGAGACGUCGACACGCGACAAAGGGGCGAAGAGAUUGCCGUAGAUCAGUGCGUUUCGACUGCUCGUCUUCGUCGAUGAAUCGUCGAAGUACUUUUUCUUCGCCGAUCUUCAUUUAGUUUAAUUGUACAAUUUUAUCCGAGAAAAAAAUGUCUCGUACGUAUCGCACGUAUUAAGAGAGAAUUAAAAUCGUCGCACACUUGUCGUGCAAUAAUUUAGCAUUUACUCAGGGAAGAUCCGUACGUUUCAGAUACCGUCGUGACGUUCUCUGCCUGGUAACGGAUACAUUCGUUGUAUCUCUCAUAUACAACAGAGAUCGAGGCAGGCGGGAAACACUGUUUGUAAACGCGUUUAGUUUACAAACUCUUCCUACGUGAAGUUUCACACGUUUCGUGAGUUUCAGGCCGUUCUUCACCUCGAGAGAAGAGGCAAAUUGAAACGUUCGAACGAAACGUUGGGAACGAAUUCAAUUUAAAGGACGCGACGUCAGCUCGACGAAGCCGAAUCAAAUAUUUGUAAACGCGUUAUAUCAUUGUCCCUCGAGCAGUCGUCGAGUCGACGUCCGGUGUCGCAAUAUACAACAGACUCUUCUCGAUUCCGCCGAGUCGUCGAGUUUCGCGCGCCGAAAAUCAAGCGUUGUUGCGACCAUAACAGGAGGGUCCGUUUUGCCGAAAGGAUGGCAGCGAGGGCCGGUCAACUUCGUGGACACGAAGUAGAACCUAGAGGCUACCGUUACAACACGACGUUCUUCCAACCGGUCAUCUGUCACGUUUGCAAAUGGCUGUACAACGGGAAUACGGAACCUUGUUCCUGCGGCAUGAUCUCCUACUGCGAUAGAGUACACAGUGCGCUGGAUCGAGAUCGUACCGCGAGGAUCGUCGGCCACAACGAGAUCUGCCAAGUCGUGCAGAAAUUAAUCAGGGAGGGCAAGAUGCGGAAUUACAGCCCCCUGCUCCACGGCGAAUGGUACUACCGUCCGUUUAAUUACGUGAAAAUCGUCAAGGAGGAGCUGCAACGCGACCUGCACCCGCACGAAAGAAGCAUGCUGCUGUCCGCGCGAUCCUGCCUCUUCUGUCACCACGAGACCGGCCUGAGGUCUUGCACUUCCUGCUACUGCGUCGAUUUCUGCGAGAUCCAUCACCGGAAGAAGAAGAAUCACAAGUACCACAAGUGCGAGGACCGGUGGAACUGGCUGUACUUAUCGAUGCAGACCGUCAACCUGGGUGUCCCUUGGACGCGAACGUUUCACAAUUUCCCCGAUAAAUGCCACGUCGAAGACAUGGUUGAGUUCUACGAGUCGUAUGUGCUGCCCGCGAAGACAGCAAGUUGGACUGUCAUGGACAUCGUCUAUUCCGACUAUGUGUCCUGGCCGCUGACAACGUAUUACGCCUUGCGGGAGGCCGAAUUAUUCCAAGUUCCUGAGCCGGUUGAGGGCACCAAGAGAACGUACGUCAUUCAUAUACUCGAAGCGAGAAAGGACGUGGACAAGUUUUUGCCGUAUUGGGAGAUUUUCCUACACGUCUUCGGUAAGCCGACGGAGCUGAUCGUUGUGAUGGUAGGGGCGCAGAUAGCGCCGGAAUUGGCCGGCAGGUCUGGCACGGUGCCGAUCUGCAACGCGAAAUGCGCGAACUUCGGCCACGAAUUGCGAUACGAAUACCAUCGUAUGUUGUAUCACGAUUACGCGAGCGAUGAGAGGAAACUGUUCAAGAGGCCGAACGUCAUCGUAGGAUUUCACGUGAGGCUCAGCGGCGGGGAGUCGUGGACGCGGUUCAUAUCGUCGUUGGAGGACCCGGACAUCCCGUUCAUUCUGACAACCAGAACGAGAGUGAACGCGCGCCGACACUUGAAAAGGAUACAAAAGGCGCUGUCGCUGAGCGCGAAACCUUAUUUUAACAGGACGAAUAAAUUCAGUAGCCGUAUGAUGACGAAAGACGUGGAGAACGGUCGUGUGUAUUAUCACAAUGAGCAUCUGCUUGUCUACAGACACCUGCAUCACAUGGAUGCAUUUCCCAGGUAAACACGGUACAAAAGAUCAGGCUUGAAUCAAGAGUAUGUAUUCUUCUAUAUAAGCGAGAACGUUAUGAUCCUCACAGGGGAUUUUUAGUCUUGAUCUGAGUGCGAGCGAUAAAACGAAUUUUUCCUAUUGGACGCGGAAAGCGUUGCGAAACUCGUCGGAAAAGAAGUGUCGCGACUUUUAACCUGCCGACUGUAAAACUGCAAAUAGGUGUAAUAAGCUUUUCGGCUUUUAUAAAAUGCAACGUAAUUUCCGACGGGAAGUGUUCCUCGCGUCGCCUAAAGUUGUUAUGACACUGAAAUUAGGAAUUGUGAAUUAUCUGAUAGCACUAGAAACGCUUUCUGCUGGGAAUUACGUUAGA